AUGACAAGUCCUGAUAUUAUUGACACCGAUAUUGGUGGUGCAAGCGAAUAUAUCAAGGAUCGUGUAUAUUUUGCCACAUUACGUAUAAAGCCAAAAUCUACCGCACAUACUCAUUAUUUUUCGAUUGAUGAUGAAUUUACAUACGAAAAUUUUUAUGCUGAUUUUGGACCACUCAAUUUGGCAAUAUUGUAUCGUUAUUGCACAAAAUUAAACAAAAAACUAAAUAGUCCUGCUUUAUCGCAUAAACGAAUUAUUCAUUAUACAACUUUUGAUCCAAAGAAACGAGCGAAUGCAGCAUUUCUUAUUUCAUCUUAUUCGAUUAUAUAUUUAAAACGAACACCCGAAGACGCUUAUAAGCCUUUAGUCAGCGGUAUAAAUGCGACACAUCCAUUUUUACCAUUCAGAGAUGCAUCGUUGGGUGCGUCAUCUUAUAAUCUCACACUGCUCGAUACUUUGCAGGGGUUAUAUAAAGCUAUGGUACAUGGAUUUUUCGAUUUUGAACAUUUUGAUUUGGAAGAAUAUGAACAUUAUGAAAAAGUUGAAAAUGGUGAUUUAAAUUGGAUUAUUCCACGUAAAUUAUUAGCAUUUUCUGGACCACAUCCAAAAAGUAAAAUAGAAAAUGGUUACCCGUUACAUGCACCAGAAGCCUACUUGUCUUAUUUUCGUAAACGUAUGGUGACAACAAUCGUUCGUUUAAACAAAAAAAUUUAUGAUGCUAAACGCUUCCAAGAUGCCGGCUUUGAACAUUAUGAUUUAUUUUUUACUGAUGGUAGUACACCAAACAAUACAAUUAUUCUAAGAUUUUUACAAAUUUCUGAACAAGCAAGAGGCGCUAUUGCUGUACAUUGUAAAGCUGGUUUGGGCAGAACGGGAACAUUAAUCGGAAGUUAUUUAAUGAAACAUUAUAAAUUUACAGCAGCAGAAGCGAUAGCAUGGUUAAGGAUAUGUCGACCAGGAAGUGUCAUCGGUCCACAACAAAAUUAUCUAGAAGAAAAACAGGCGUGGCUUUGGUCGCAAGGCGAUGCAUUCCGUGUUAAAGAUCGUAUGCGUUAUGUAUCAUCAUUUCAAGAAGGACAAAAAUAUUCAGUUGGAAAUAUUGUCGGUGGAGCUGAAAAUACGGAAGAAGAAAACGAAGGCGAGAUAACUCAAGGCGAUCGAUUAAAUGAAAUAAAAGCUCGUCGAAUGCAUCAUCAUCCGCCAACUUGGUCUGGAACAAAUGUAACAUCGAGUAUAACAUGUAAAAUAUGUUCAAAAGCUUUUCAAACCGUAGCUGGUUUCACUAAACAUAUACGAUCGCAACAUACAAACUUAAAUCAAUACGUACAAAAACAAACAAUAUCAUCUCAAGCUAUACGUACAGUAUCGACAACUGGUACUGCUUCAAAAGAAAAACAACAGCAACCACCAAAAAAUGGGUUAAAAAAAUCAACAUCAAUCAUAAUAUCAUGUGAACAUUGCGGAAAAUUAUUUUCAUCAAAAAAGAAUUUUCGUUCACAUGUGACACAUUCACAUGCAUCACUAUUUGUAUUGGAUAAAAGUCCAAAUGAUGAUACUGGACAAAGUAAAAUGCCUAAGUAUCAUCGUCUGUCGUUAUGUAAUGAUGAACAUAUGCAUAUAUGCGAAACAGUACUUGACGAUUCAUCCAUGGCACAUCGUUCACCGUUGAUUAUUAAACCAGUACAAUCGACAGUAACAAAUGAUGUUGUUUCUUCUUCUGUGGUUGAUAAUAAUAAUUCAUUUCCUCUGCUACAUGCGUAUACACGCUCAAAAACGAUUUCAUUGCCGCAAGAAUGCUAUACAUCAUCUGUGUUUGCAAAUUUGAGACCGUCAAGAUUCGAUGCAACCGCAUCGUUAAAACGUACUAAUACAACUUUAAGUUCCAUUCAACCACAACGCUCAAGUCUCGAUCAACAAAAUAUUUCGCCGUCAGUCGCCUACAGACAAUCACAGCCACGUUAUCAAAGUACCAGUAUAUCACCAUCAUCCGCUGUUUCACAUUCCUUAAAUCAAUCAACACUUGUUCAUACGAGAAAGCCCAGGUCUUACAUAACACCAAAUUCAUCGUUGGUGAAAAGCUCUAUAUAUCCACUAAAUCGUUACGGGAGUGCUGGCACUACAGCAUUAGGAACAUCAGACAGUGAUAAUCGUGAUCCAAUAACAGCAGCUAUUUUAAAAGCAUCAUCACAAUUAGCGCAAACACGCGGAAAAUCUUUUCCACUUCCAACACACUCAUAUUAUACGAGAUCAAAAUCAGUAUUCAUAUUCCAAAUAUUGAAGAUAAAAAUUACAGAAAAUUGCACUAUCGAGCCCACUUAG